UCGAAGAAGAAGAUGAAGAUGAGCCCUGAGUAGGAAUUCCGCGUUGUAUGACCGUUCAAAUCGAUUUUUCCAUGUCAGAUACUCGAUUUUUUUCUCAGUUCCCAGUUGUUUGAACGGACUGAUGUCGAGAUAUCCAAAUUCCCCGUUUCGAGUUCCUAGUGUAUUUCAUCGCAGCUGUCGGGAAUGUCAGAUGUUGUCAUAGCUAGUUUUGAAUGUUGAUUCAUAAUUCCACAUAAGAUUGAAAGGUAAAAUUAUAAAAGAUGCCGAGGGUCCCAGCAGUCCUUGAAUAUGAAACACUGACCGAGUGUAAAUACAGCUUCCCUGUUGAGGUUGUCAGUGAUAUCAAGAAUGUUACAGCGACUUAUGGAGACCUGCGUAUGUAUGUGGACUUCUACUGUUUCCCCAAUAAGGAAAAGAAGAAGUUAGUUUAUUUGGCUGGUACUAUUCCAGUUCCACAUGACGGUAACACAUAUAAUAUCCCAGUGUGCAUCUGGCUCCACGAGACUCACCCCCAGAGCCGGCCGCGGUGCUACGUGUGUCCCUCCAUCUCCAUGUUGAUCAACCCCAGGUGCCCAUAUGUUGAGGCCAGUGGGCAGGUGCUCCUCGACUGUCUCAACAACUGGAAGAGCGGGCUGGCUAACCUGUCAUUGCUCGUCUCAGAAAUGAGGUCUGCAUUUCAAAAGGAAACGCCCCUCUUUGCCAUGCACCCAAUCAGAGUUCAGAUGCUACCUACUGCAGCACACUCCAGUGCAUAUGCAGAGUCUUCGGACCCUGGCAGCUGGCCUCAACCAAGCAGCUCUACCCCGAGAGCCAGGCGCUCCUCAAUGUCCCCCACGCCACUACCUAGAGCAAUAGUUCCGCCCAAGAGUUUAAAGUCCAGCCAAUCAGGGCCUCUCAGAGAGUCUGCGACUGGUGUGAGGCGGUCCUACACAGAGGAGCUACUAGAUAUGGGGAUAAACUUUGGAGUGCCAGGUGGAGUCCAGUUUCCAUUCUCCUCCACCAACCCCUUCAUCACUACUGCCUCUGCGCCAAAUAACACUCCUGUUAGUUCUGAGGACAUGAACAACAUAUUCAAGAGCCUACAGCUGGAAAAUGUUGUCAAUGUGUACCAGCUUGGUAUUAAAGAAAGAGGACAGAUGCAAGGUGAUGGAGGUGAUCGAGGUGGUGGUGACUACCCCCCAAUCCCCACUGCAGUCACGCCCCUAGUGGACAACCAGCAUCGUAUCCUGGUGAGCCAGCUGCCACCGGACCAGUCCCCCAGCCGUGUGAAGAACAAGCUCACCCUCUACUUCCAGCGCAGGAGCAACGGUGGGGGAGAGGUGCUGGAUGUGACCUACCCUUACCCCCCAACCCAGCACGACCAGGCCCUGGUCAGCUUCCGCAGUCCCAGAGAUGCAGAGCAGGUGCUCUUACAGGCAGACCGAAUCUUUACUGUGAAUGAGCGGCCUUUCCGUAUACAGCUCAAGAGGGUCAACAGUGCUCAGAUUACGGUGCCGCCCGGCGUCUCCGGCGACAAGGCGGCCAUCUUCCAUAGCCUGCUGUCACUUGAGGGGCGGAGCUUCAGCCAGGCCGACGUGGAGGAGGCGGUACAGUCGUGCCGGGACCUUCCCUCGGCCCUCAAGUACCUGUCCCAUGAAUGCCCCAUCUGCCGCGAGCAAGUGUCCUUCAGCAAGAUCAUCACUAUGACCCAUUGCCUGUGUGCCUUCUGCGAGAGCUGCUUCAAGGCCUACUUCUCCCAGGCCAUCAAGGAGAAGAGCAUCGUCCAUGUGGUGUGUCCCAUGUGUGGCCAGCCUGACGUGCGUCAGAGCCAGGGAGGCGUGGAGGAGGCCUUGGACUACUUCAGCCUUCUGGACACACAGAUCAGGCACUACCUAGAUCCUCAGAUCCACGAGUUGUUCCAGAGGAAGCUGAGAGACCGAGCCUUGCAGGAGAUGCCUAACUUCCGCUGGUGUGCCCACUGCUCCUUUGGCCUUCUACACGAGGCUGACCAGCUGAGAAUGGACUGUCCUAGUUGUAGGAAGAGCACCUGCUCCCAAUGCAAGACUGCAUGGGCUCCACAACACCAGGGUCUUUCCUGUGAGAAGUUCAGAGAGUGGCAACUCCACAAUAACCCAGAGUACCAGACCGCAAAACUGGAGAAUCUCCUCAGCAGGAAUAAAAUAGAAUGUCCAAAAUGCAAGUUUGUGUUCUACCUUUCCAAGGGAGGCUGUCUCCAUUUCAAAUGCACCCAAUGCCAGCACGAGUUCUGUGGCGGCUGUAAUAGGCCCUUCAAAUUAGGCGUGGGGUGUGACUUCUCAGCUGAGUGUGGGUCCAAGGGGUUACACGCCCACCACCCCAGGGACUGCCUGUACCACCUGAGGGACUGGAACGUGCCCAGACUUCACAGGCUGCUUCAGCUUUACGGAGUGUCCCUCGCUGGCAUGGUCCAAUCCAAAGUGGGCUUUACAGGAACAAACUCACAAGGUGUGUGUGCAGUCCUGGAGCACAGAGAGAUGGGUGGAGACGGGCCUUGUGGUCUACCAACUCUCCCAGAGUACAGUGGCUACUGCAUAUUACACUAUAAAGAGUGUCUAGUCGAGCUGAUUAACCGUAGUCAUGCGGAUCCAGCCGUUCUGUUCGAUGUGGCCGAGAUGUUGGCCGAGUUACAGCGGUGGCACAUUCCUGUUCCACAGAAGAACCUUCAGGAUCCUGAGGCACUCUAUGUACAGCACCUUAGACAGACCCUGACGAGGAAGGUUAGCCUGAGGGACAACAAGCUACCCCCUGUGAAGGUGAAAGAUGACCUUUGCCCCCUACCCUCAUCGAGCGCUGCGGGACCACGCUGGUCUUCUGCUCAGAGAAACCCACCAACGCGCUUCCAUGAAGACUCCCAAUUGCUGCUCUUGCUCAACGACUAAGGCCAUGUAAAAUACUUGGCCUCACCUGGGCUGGGUUCCUUAGGGCACAUGAUGGCAAAUGCUUUUACAUGUUUUGCUACGGAGAAAAAAAAGUGUUUCUUAAUGGAUAAGGCCAGGUUCCUUGCGUCAGUCCGUUUUCUUCCGUUUGGUGCCUAGUGAAUACCACCCAGGCUUGUGUUAAGUAGGGAGAAAACAUUUUUAAAUGAAGUGAAACUGGGGAAGGGACUACCCGGUCUUGUCCAAUGAGAGAAACAUAUUUGUUUUCCGUUGCAAUUUUUUGUUGUUGCGUGUCCUAAUAAACAUGAUCCAGGGGUAAUAUUUAACUUCAACCCUCUGUCAUAAUGGCUAUGUAACACUGGCCUAAUAAUGACAUAGAAAUAGCACCAUAAACUGUCCAUAGAAGGCAGGGACAAGGUAAAUUGGUCCUUUGAGGAGCUGUGUUGCACACUGCUGCUCUAGAUCGAGCUAUGCUGUGGCCAGGAUUCAAUCAAAAGUGCAUUGAGAUCACAGUAAAUGCAGUGUAUGUCAACUCGAGCGUAAAGUGCAAUGCACUUUUGAUUUGAAAUAACUACCGGAUCUGGUACAUUAAGAUUUUGUUUGUUUUCUUGUUAUUUUAAUUUGACGUUUAUUCUUAAUAAACAUGUAGAUACAAAAAUAUAAACGCAACAUGCAACAAUGUCAAAGUUUCUAUUGAGUUACACUUAAUAUAAUGUAAUCAGUCAAUUUAAAUUAUUUUGUUAGUUCCUCAUCUAUGGAUUUCACAUGACUGGGAAUACAGAUAUGCAUCGGUUGGUCAUAGAUACCGUAAAAAAGUGUGGAUCAGGAAAAACAGCUAGUGGAUCAGAAAACCAUUCAGUAUCUGGUGUGUGUUGAUCAGGCUGUCUCGCUCCUCUUCAAUGGCUGUGCGAAGUUGCUGGAUAUUGGCGGGAACUGGAACACGCUGUUGUGUACAUGUCAAUCCAGAGCAUCCCAAACAUGCUCGGUGAGUAUGCAGGCCAUGGAAGAACUGUGCAUUAUCAUGCUGAAAUGUGAGGUAAUUGUGGUGCCAUUCUUCUGCCACCAUGAGCCUCGGGUUCUGAUCAGGGUAUAUCUGUGCGUUCAAAUUGCCAUUGAUUAAAAAGCAAUUGUGUUCAUUGUCCGCAGCAUAUGCCUGCCCAUACCAUAACCCCACCACCACCAUAGGGCACUCUGUUCACAAUGUUGACAGCAAACCUCUCAACCACAUGAAGAGCAGUGUGCCAGUGGCCAUCGACGGUGAGGAUUGCCCACUGAAGUCAGUUACGAUGCCGAACUGCAGUCAGGUCAAAAUGACAAGCACACAGAUGAGCUUCCCUGAGAUGGUUUCUGAUAGUUUGUGCAGAAAUCCUUUGGUUGUGCAAACCCACAGUAUUAUCAGCUGUCCGGGUGGCUCGUCUCAGAACAUCCCGCAGGUGAGAAAGCCGGAAGUGGAGGUUCUGGGCUGUCGUGGUUACACAUGGUCUGUGUUUUUUAGGCCGGUUGGACGUACUGCCAAAUUCUAUAAAAUAACGUUGGUGACCGCUUAUGUUUAUUUUUCUGGCCACAUCUCUGGUGGACAUUCCUGCAGUCAGUAUGUGAAUUGCAUGCUCCCUCAACUUGAGACAUAUGUGACAAAACUGCACAUUUUUAGUGGCUUUUUAUUGUCCCCAGUACAAGGUGCAGCUAUGUAAUGAUCAUGCUGUUUAAUCAGCUUCCUGAUAUGCCACACCUGUCAGGUGGACGGAUUAUUUUGACAAAUGAGAAAAUCUCACUAACAGGGAUGUAAACAAAUUUGUGCACAAAAUUUGAGAGAAAUUAUAUUUUUGUCCGCUCAUGUCAGAUUAUGAAACAUGAGACCAACACUUUACAUGUUGCGUUUUAUAUUUUUUUAAGUAUAUUUUUAAAAGCACUUAGUUCACAUAAAAUCAACAGUACUGUCCCUAUAGAUAGUAUACACCCCACUGUGAGGAUCAGUGGGAAAUGUAUGAUAAGUAACUAAUCUAAAUUACAGGCUGUAAGGCAACAAGAAGUGAAGUGUGUAAUUUGGGUGUGUACUUUCUAUAGCCACUGUACUGCAGUACAGUUUUAUUUUUGUUGUAGUCCUCUAGUUCUCACUUCUCAGGAUAUCUCAAACAAACUUUCAAAAUGUAUUCUUCUUGUAUGUUCUUGAGGCAUACAUUUCUUCUGCUAUGACACGCAUGUGAAUUAUUUAUACUUUAACACUGAAAUAUUGUUGAAUGAACGGAACUUGAUGUAACACUUAACUUAAAGCCGACAGGUAUAAUUCAUUAAGAUGCGGGUGAAAUGGGUUGUACACUUGUUAUUGAUUUUAUUCAGAGCUCCAUUAGCUUUUGCCAAGCAGCAGCUAUUCUAUCUAGGGUCAACAAACACUGAUACACUGAUGGACAAGGACAGUCAAAAAUAAAUAAUAGUAGUACAAACAUUUGUGUGUCCCCUCAGUCUUAGCUGUUCCCUUAACCGUUGCUUAAUAAUUUUAAGGUAAGUUUUGCUGUUUGCUUGAGUAAUUGGAGAUGGGAGUUCCAUGCGAUCAUGGCUCUGUAUUAUACUGUGCGUUGCCGCGAGUUCGUUUUGGACUUGGGGACUGUGAAGAGACCUGGUGGCAUGUCUUGUGGGGUAUGUAUGGGUCUAUGAGCUGAAUGUUAUUUGAUUAUGCAGAUAAUCUGGAAUUUUCAUUACAGUAGUACUUCCCAUAACCAGAAGAGAAGCAGUUAAUCUCUUGUCUACCAGGAAAGACUGGCAUGCAUGAUGUUGAUAGUUUAGUUCUGUAUGUGCAGCUAAGGGCAAGGUGUGCUGCUCUGUUCUGAGCCAGCUGCAGCUUUGCUAGGUCUUUCUUUGCUGCACUUGAACAUGUUACCAGACAGUAAUCAAGAUUGGACAAGACCAGAGCCUGAACUAGUACAGUUGAUUUUUGUGUCAGAGUCUUUUGAUAAGACCUCACCAUCUUCACAGGAACUUUGUCAAUAUGACUUGACCAUGGUAAUUGACCAUCCAACGUUAUAUCUAGGAGUAAGUCGGAAGGUUACAUACUCCUUAGCCAAAUACAUUUAAACUCAGUUUUUCACAAUUCCUGACAUUUAAUCCGAGUAAAAAUUCCCUGUUUUAGGUCAAUUAGGAUUACCACCUCAAUUUAAAAAUGUGAAAUGACAGAAUAAUAGUAGAGUGAUUUAUUUCAGCUUUUAUUUCUUUCAUCACAUUCCCAGUGGGUCAAAAGUUUACACACUCAAUUAGUAUUUGGUAGCGUUGCAUUUAAAUUGUUUAACAUGUCAAACUUUUCAGGUAGCCUUCCACAAGCUUCCCACAAUAAGUUGGUUGAAUUUUGGCCCAUUCCUCCUGACAGAGCUGGUGUAACCGAGUCAGGUUUGUAGGCCUCCUUGCUCACACACACUUUUUCAGUUCUGCCUACACAUUUUCUAUAGGCUUGAGGGCAGGGUUUGUGAUGGCCACUCCAAUACCUUGACUUUGUUGUCCUUAACCCAUUUUGCCACAACUUUGUAAGUAUGCAUGGGGUCAUUGUCCAUUUGGAAGACCCAUUUGCGACCAAGCUUUAACUUCCUGACUGAUGUCUUGAAUUGUUGCUUCAAUAUAUCCACGUAAUUUUCCAACCUCAUGAUGCCAUCUAUUUUGUGAAGCGCACCAGUCCCUGCUGCAGCAAAGCACCCCCACAACAUGAGGGUGGCAGCAUCAUGGUUGGGAUGGUGUUCUUUGGCUUGCAAGCCUCUCCCUUUUUCCUCGAAACAUAACAAUGGUCAUUAUGGCCAAACAGUUCAAUUUUUGUUUCAUCGGACCAGAGGACAUUCAAAAAGUACAAUCUUUGUCCCCAUGUGCAGUUGCAAACCUUAGUCUGGCUUUUUUAUGGCGGUGGCUUCUUCCUUUUCUUUUGCUGAGCGGCCUUUCAGGUUAUGUCAAUAUAGGAAUCGUUUUACUGUGGAUAUAGAUACUUUUGUACCUGUUUCCUCCAGCAUCUUCACAAGGUCCUUUGCUGCUGUUCUGGGAUUGAUUUGCAUUUUUCGCACCAAAGUUCGCAUCUCCUUCCUGAGCGGUCCCAUGGUGUUUGUACUUGCGUACUAUUGUUUGUACAGAUGAAUGUGGUACCUUCAGGCAUUUGGAAAUUGCUCCCGAUGAUGAGACUUGUGGAGGUCUACAAUUUCUUUUCUGAGAUCUUGGCUGGUUUCUUUUGAUUUUCCCAUGAUGUCAAGCAAAGACGCACUGAGUUUGAAGGUAGGUCUUGAAAUACAUCCACAGGUACACCUCCAACUGAGUCAAAUGAUGACAAUUAGCCUAUCAGAAGCUUCUAAAGCCAUGACAUUUUCUGUAAACUUCUGACCCACUGGAAUUGUGAUACAGGGAAUUAUAAGUGAAAUAAUCUAAACAAUUGUUGGAAAAAUUAUCUGUGACAUUCACAAAGUAGAUGUCCUAACCGCCUUGCCAAGACUAUAGUUUGUUAACAAGAAAUGUGGUUGAAAAAUGAGUUUUAAUGACUACAACCUCGGUGUAUGUAAACUUCCGACUUCAACUGUAGCUUCCUCAACUUGCUCAAUGGUCACACCGUUUAUACUAAACUCCAGUUGGGGUUUAUGUCUUAGAGAAUGUUUUGAACCAAAUACAAUGCUUUUAGUUUUAGAUGUAUUUAAGACCAGUUUAUUAUUAAUCCUCCAUUCUGAUAUAUUUUUAUUUAUUUAACUAGGCAAGUCAGUUAAGAACAAAUGCUUAUUUACUAUGACGGCCUGCUGGGACAAUUGUGCCCCGCCCUGUGCGGCUCCCAAUCCUGGACAGAUGUGAUACAGCCUGGAUUCGAACCAGGGACUCGUGACGCCUCUUGCGCUGAGAUGCAGUACCUUUGACAGCUACGCCACAAUGGAGCCCUGACUCUGACUCUUUAUUUAUAAUUUCAGUGAGUUCACUGGUUUUGGGUUCUGACAUAUAGAGUGUGGAAUCAUCUGCAUAUAUAGUCAUUCUAGCUUUUACGUAAGACCAGUGGCAAGUCAUUUGUAAAAAUAGGGAAGCGUAACAGCCCAAGACAACGGCCCUGAGGGACACCGCACAUAUCUGAUGUUAGAGAAGCUUGCAUUUUUUAAUUUAAUUUUACCUUUAUUUAACCAGGCAAGUCAGUUAAGAACAAAUUCUUAUUUGGGUUAACUGCCUGUUCAGGGGCAGAACGACAGAUUUGUACCUUGUUAGCUCGGGGGUUUGAACUCGCAACCUUCCGGUUACUAGUCCAACGCUCUAACCACUAGGCUACCCUGCCGCCCCAGUGAAGAACACUCUGGGUUCUAUCGGAUAAAUAACUCUCUGAGCAUGUGAUGUAAAGCCAUAGCUAGCGUGUUUCCUAAUUAACAAUGUGUGAUCAGUAACAUCAAAGGCUGCACUGAAAUCUCAUAAUACAGCUCCAACUAUCUUAUUAUCCAUUUAUUUUUAACCAAUCAUCUGUAAUUUGAGUCCGUGCAGUACAAGUUGAGUUCCCUUCUCUCUAUCAGUUUACUAAGAACAGGUAGCAAACUGAUUUGGUGGCUGUUAGAGCCAGCAAAGGGUGCUUUACUAUUUUUAGGCAGUGGCAUUACUUUAGCUUCCUUCCACGCAUGUGGACACACUCCUUUUAGGCUUUGGUUAAACAUUUGGCAAAUAGGGGUGUCAUUAGUCUACCAUUCUCAAUAGUUUCCCAUCAAGGUUGUUUAUACCUGGCGGCUUUUCAUUAUUGAUGGAUAACAAUAGCUUUUCCAUUUCUCCCACACAACUUGACCAAAUUCAAAACAGCACACCUUCUCUUUCAUUAGAUUUAACACAUUUAAUUAUUAUGGUUUACUGUUCAAUGUUGUCAUUUAAACUCUUGAUGUUUUCCACUUUACUAGUGAAAUAGUAAUUGAAAUGAUUGGCAAUAUCGAAAGGCUUUGUUAUAAACGACCCAUCAACUUCAAUGAUCGAUGGAUAUUAAUUGGGUUUCUUGCCCAUGAUGUCAUUUUAGGUCAUCCAAAAUCUUUCAAUUGUGUUUUGUAAUUUAUCUUGGUUUGGUAAUGCACAACAUCUCAACCUAUCAGCUGAGCGUUCUGACUUGUUAGACACCUUUUUUUGGAUAAUUUCUUUAAACCAUAACAUUUUUCAGUUCAUCAAUCCAGAGGGCCCUAAUAGUUCUCACAGGCAAUUUCUUAAUAGGUGCAUGUUGGUCAGCAAUUGGCAUGAAUCUUUUUCUUCCAGUGCUGCAUCUGGAUUCACUUCCUCAUACACAUCAGACCAACAUAAAUGUUUUAUAUCUUCAAAAGAGUCCUGAGAGAACAUUUUGUAUGAUCUCUUCAAUUUCUUUAUACUCAGAUUUUGGCACUUUGACUUUCCUUGUUAUGGUCACUACAGCCAAUGGGAUCUGAUAAUGCUUUGGAGCAAAGCUCUGCAGCAUUAGUGAAGAUAUGAUCAAUACAGGUGGAUGUCACAGAUCCUACACUAUUGGUAUGCACUGUAGUUGGUUGAGUGAUAACCUGGGUCAUAUUACAGGCAUGAUUGACUCCAUUUAUAAUGUAUUUCCCUAUCGCAAUUUAUGCUGUUGGCUUUGGUACAUCAUUAAAUUCAAGUAAAGUACAGAACUGUAUUAUGCAAGUAGAUCUAAAAAGCUACUCAAUUUAACAGCACAUUUCUGGGCCUUAGCCAGUAGGGUGCAAAGGUUAUUGUAUACUGUUCUAUCCGGACCUUUCACACUCCUGAAUAAGCCCUUUUUUUCCAGCUGCAUUAAACCAUGAUUUUAUAUUUUUACUCGUAAGUUCACUAUGCUAUGCAAUAAUGGUAUUCACUACUUAUUGGUAUGUAGUAAUGAGUAUCUGAUUCCCUAAGGUUUGCAAUUUAAGUUACGCAAUUUGUUUCUACUGUAAUGGCACAAUGUAAGUUGAAGUUGCCCCUAGACGCUGAUCUUGGGUCAGUUUCCCCCACCUAUGGUUAAGAUUAAUUGGGGAAUCUGAUAUUAGAUCUGUACCUAGGGGAAAUAUCACCCCGGAGCAUUUUUGUUGUGCGUGAAAAUGAUCAGGGAAGAGGACAGUGUGAUGUUGCAUCAAUUUAACAGCUUGUCCUGGUACCUCCCUUGUUCAGGAAAAGUACUACUGACUUUAGUAAUAAACAUGUUUUUCUACUGAC